AACUUUGAGUACUAAAAGUCGAUUAUUCAAUUAAUCGGAAGUCGACUUACCUAUCCCUAGACUCGACAAAAUAAUGAAGAUUCUAAUAAUAAAUGAAAAACAUUAAAAUACUACCUGAUACGCACAUAAACAAAUACACAAAAUAAUUAUGAAGGUUGAGCACCUUAGUCGCCAACUGUCGGAAGAGCUAAAGCAAAAACAGGCGGCGACCGACAGCUUAAUUAAUAAAAUUCUAUACUCUAAAAGAUUGCUGGUCGAUCAUGUUGAAGCUCUGGAACAAUGCAUGGCCUACAUGCAAGAGAGGUCGUUUGAGACAAUUGAAUCUUCUGCCGGCGCCGAUGCAACAGAUUCGAAUGCACAAACAAGUAACGCGUUGCGAAUAGGAGCACAAUGGCCAGAAAUAUUUACAGCACGCAAUACUUGCCUGUUAUUAGGUUCCACUGUUUUGGAACAUUUUAUAACACCACGUGCACUGCGUCUUCUCUUGGUGCCCUCGGCAGUUGUUGCUGGCAGUUUUAGCGCUUUGUAUGCUGUGAAAAAAGUUUUCGGUUUUCGCAAUAAAAUCGUGGAACGUGAAUUUGAGAAUCUCAUACGCACAAUUGAUGACUUUGGAAAUUGUAUACGACGUAAUAUGACUUAUUUCAAUGAGAUAAUUAUAAUGAAACAACAAGAACUGAUAGAGUCCCGUCAAAUUGAAAGGGCUUGGGAUUGUAUUACGGCAGCCAAGGAAGUGACUGAAAUUUUGUUUGAAGCGACCCGAAAAUUAGAAUCACAAUAUCCAUUACCAGCGCGAUUUUCACAGUAUUAUGCUCCAAUGGAAGACUUAAAAGAAUGCGACUAUUUUAAAACUAACGUUACUGACUAUAGUCCAAAGCAUAUUAAAGAUUUUCAUAAUAUCUUCGCCUACGUUCAAUCACAGUUCCUUCUACGUUUAGCUUUAACCAUUUACACAAAACCAUCGUUGAGCCGUCUAAAUGAAGAAUUGGCUAAAAUCGAAUGCCUUAUCAGACAGUUAGUGUUGGAAGAAGAAAACCACUUCAAAAAUCUUGCCAUAGAGCAAAACAAGAAAAAAUCUCUAGAAUUAGAAGAGCUCAAUGCAAACAGAGCUUUAAGGACAAGAAAUGAUCCGGUUGGAAUUUUGCAAGAUUCAUCGUUGAAGCUCAGCGCAUGUAUGGUGGCAGUGGCAGCAGAAUGUCAAGCUUUGGACAUAACCCUACAGAGGCUCACAGAAACGGAAAAUGUCAAAAAGGAUAAUGCAAAGCAUAUGGUAGAAGUUGCCAAUAACAUGCGCAGUAUUGAGAACGCUUUGUCAUUAUGUUUCGAUGAUUUCCAGCGUCUUAUGUUGGUCUAUAACAAGUUCUUGAAUAGCAAACUGGAUUUGAAGGAACCGAGCGAAAAGAGUGAAACCAAAUCUCUGGAUACCGAUGAAGAAUUUCCCGAAAGCUUCCUACGUGUAGAAAUUUCACAAAACCCCAACGAUGCAGAAAAGACAGAUGACUUUUAUGCCUAUAUGUUUGACGAAAAACAGGCUAAACUUGAGCAGGAACAAUUAGAGAAGGAACAGCUGGAACAGCGUAAAGAAGACUUGGAAAUAUUAAAUUUCGAGAAACGGAUAACCAAAGGGCGUUUUAAACCAGUUUUGAAACAGCUUAAGGGACGCAUUGAUCCGAUACGUAAGGUCAUGUUGCAAAAGGAACGUGAAGUCUUGGCCGCAAAGGGAAUAAAUGUCGAUGAGCUGUUUGACAAUGAAGAUUGUGAAAGUUUUGAGGAAAAGUGUAAUUCUACUGAAAAACAAGUUGACGAUGAUGUUUCAGAUGAGGGCAGCGAGGGCAGUGCCGAUUUAGAGUAUGAACGCCGUACCAAGAAAUUAAAAGAACGUGAUAACUUUGCUGAAAUGCGCAACUUUUUGGCUCAAAAACCUGCAAUUAAUCUAUUUAAGUUGGAUGUUCCGCCCACUCCAUCUAAUGCGUUGGGUGAAGAAGACAUUUUGGAAAGCGAGUGUUAAACAUUCUCGGAGCUUUUGCUGCAUUGCUUUUAAAGUGUAUUUAAAAUUAGCGUUAAUAACAGCAAUGUUAAAUAUUUUUUUUCUUUUUUAUAAUUUAUAAGACAACGUUUAUAAUUGGCCUUAAAAAGAUGUAACCAAAAAAGAAAAGAAAAGAUAAAACGAUUUUAUUAUGUUAAUACUUUUGAUGUUAAAAUAUACAAUGUCUUAUAUAACUUAA